AGACCUUUCAUGUUGAAGAAGAAAAGAGGCCGCAAGCGCAGGAGGAUCAAUAGCAGCGUCACCACGGAGACGAUCUCUGAAACCACAGAAGUGCUGAGCGAGCCCUUUGAUAACUCGGAAGAAGAACGGCCAAUGCCACAACUGGAGCCCACGUGUGAGAUGGAGGGGGAAGAGGAGGACUUGAAACCCGGGCUCGAAAAAGCCUUCCAGCCUCAGCUUGGCGACAAAGAGGAGAACGAGGAAGAGGAAGAGGAGCAGGAAAGAGACAAUCACGGUUACCAAAACGAUGUUCAGUGCAGAGUUAAUGCAGAAGAACACGCAGCCAUAGCGAAAGAUAAUAGUCAAGACAAUCCCGAACCGGUAAUAUGUAAACAAGGGUGGCCCAAAGGAGCGAAACGUUGCCCCUUUAAGUGGAGGCAAAACAAAGAGAGAAAACCUGGCUUCAAGCUUAACUUGUACACUCCGCCUGAGACUCCGAUGGAGCCUGACUAUCAGGCCGUGGGAGACGAAUCGAAGGAAAUGGCUGAAAAGAACCCAACUCAUGCAUCUCUCGUUGAGGAUGAAAUUAAAGAUCCCGAAACCAUUCUGCCCGCAGAGGACGAAGCUGGAGAGCCAGCAUCCGAGUGUCUAGAGCAGCCCCAGGAAGCAUUUGAAACAACAGGAAAUGAGAUCGCUAAAGCAGAGGAAGCGGAAGACAACUGUGUAGAAGAGGCAGAAAAUGCAGGAAGUCGAGAUAAAGAUGAAGGGGAGGAAACAGGAAUGGAGAAAGAGGAUCCAGAGCCACCGGAAGAACCGGAGGAGGAAGACCCAUCUCGCAACGAGGAUCACGAUGCUGAUGAUGAAGAUGAGAGCCACAUGGGACCAACAGAGGCGGAGAAGACCAUGCCGGCAGAAUCUCUCAAAGGAGUCAUUGAGAAUGGGGAGUCUUUUUUAGACUCGAAUGAACAGAGCGGCCGUCCAAAUCAGGAGGAUGCGGUGGAUGGCGGUGCUGACCUUGCCACUGAGUGUGAGAGUGACCGUAAAGAGCUUCCUGCUGUUCUGGAGCCCGCAUCCGAGUCAGGUGACGACAGCACAGAAGACCAGCCCCGCAAGGACGGCGAUGAGCCUAAUGCUGUGUUCAAGGAUGAAAGUGUGGAAACCACAGAGAUCGACUCUGAGACAGCGCAGGCGGUGAAGUCUCUGACCCAAGAAACGACAGAGCAGGAAGAUGUGUUCCAGGACUGCGCAGAGACUCAAGAGGCCUGUCGAAGCCUGCAGACUUACAGCAAUACUGACCAAAGCCCCCAGAUGAUAGCCCUGGAUGACUGUCCUCAGUCUGACCACAGCAGCCCGGUCUCCUCCGUCCACUCUCUCCCCAGCCAGUCGGUUCGUUCUGUUAAUAGCCCAAAUGUGCCUCCCCUGGAAAACAGCUAUGCGCAGAUCAGCCCGGAUCAAAGCGCCAUUUCUGUGCCCUCUUUGCAAAACAUGGAGACCAGUCCCAUGAUGGACGUCCCCUCCGUCUCUGACCACUCGCAGCAGGUCGUGGACAGCGGGUUCAGCGACCUGGGCAGCAUCGAGAGCACGACGGAGAACUACGAGAACCCGAGCAGCUACGACUCCACCAUGGGCGGCGGCAUCUGCGGCAACAACGCCUCGCAGAACAGCUGCUCGUACGGCAACCUCACGUCCAGCAAUAUGACGCAGAGCAGCUGCGCGGUGACGCAGCAGAUGCCCACCAUGAACGGGAGCUGCAGCCUGAUGCAGACCGCCAGCAUCAGCUCCCCACCCCCGUGCAAUGUGAAAUCCCCCCAGGGCUGCGUGGGGGACAGGCCCCCCAGUAGCAGCCAGCAGCUGUCCCAGUGCAACAUGGCUGCCAAUUUCACCCCCCCUAUGCAGUUGAACGACAUCCCGGAGGCGGGGAACAACAACGGCAACAACAUCGGCUUGUACGAGAGAAUGGGCCAAAGCGAGUUUGCAGCCGGGCAUUACCCGCAGCCGUCCGCCACCUUCAGCCUCGCCAAACUGCAGCAGCUGACCAACACGCUGAUGGACCAUUCGUUGCCUUACAGCCAUUCCGCGGCCGUCACUUCCUAUGCAAACAGUGCCUCUCUGUCCACCCCUCUCAGCAGCACGGGACUCGUUCAGCUCUCCCAGUCCCCCCAUUCGGUUCCGGGAGGAGCCCAAGUUCAGACCACGAUGACUCCGCCCCCAAACCUCACCCCUCCUCCCAUGAACCUGCCUCCGCCUCUUUUGCAGCGCAACCUGGCCGCUUCCAAUAUCGGCCUCUCUCAUGCCCAGAGGCUGCAGACUCAGAUGCCCGGGAAAGGCCAUGUUUCCGUGAGGACUAAGUCAGCGCCUCUGCCACCGGCGGCAGCGGCCCAUCAGCCGCAGAUUUACGGGCGUGCCUCACAGACGGUGGCCAUGCAGGGGCCAGCGCGCACCUUAACCAUGCAGCGUGGCAUGAACAUGAGCAUGAACUUAAUGCCAGCCCCUGCGUACAAUGUCAAUUCAGUGAAUAUGAACAUGAACACCCUGAAUGCGAUGAAUGGGUAUAGCAUGUCCCAGCCCAUGAUGAAUGGUGGCUACCACACAAAUCACGGGUACAUGAAUCAGACGGCCCAGUAUCCUAUGCAGAUGCAGAUGGGGAUGAUGGGAAGCCAGCCAUACGCACAACAGUCAAUGCAGACUGCCCCCCACAGCAACAUGAUGUACACCCCGCCGGGGCAUCACGGCUACAUGAACUCUGGCAUGUCCAAACAGUCCCUGAAUGGCUCUUACAUGCGCAGGUAGAGGAGUGAGGAGUCGGGGGUGGAUCAGACUGGCGUGCUAGGAUUUGUCCGGCACAAAAACGCAGAGAGAAUGAUUUCAAAACCAGCAACUGGUGUGAAUGCAAAAACAUUUGUUGGCACCAUUAAAAAAAAAAACUGUAUGCAGCAGAAAGCCUUAUUAUAUAAAUAUGUUCUCCUUCCUUUAUUUUUUUGUUUUGUUUUUGUUUUCUUUGCAAUUUUAUAUUGCAGAGAGUCGGAGUUUCUUCAUUGUACUGCAAAGACGCAAAACAAGUUAAUGGUUGACAGCCAUUUUUUGAUGUGCCUGCUCCCAUUCAAGACGUGGAUCCUAGUUUUGGGGUAUAUCUGAUGUCGUGCUGGACCCGUGAACUUCCCUGUCCUGUCCUCCCCUUCACCCCGUAGAUGCUUUUUGGCAUUGCCUUCAUAGUCUGUUUUGUUCCUCAAGGUGACACUUUUCGCAUGCCGCUAAUGUCUUUGUUAGUGACAGUGCGUUCCGUAGUACUGUACGAGUGUUGUGCUUAACAGUAAGCCAUGUCUUAAUUUGUGAGUUUGGGGGAGGGGGGGGAUUUUUUUGUUGCCUUGAUUAGGUUACCCCAUUUUAGGGUUGUUUUUUUUUAAAAAAAACAAAUUAUAUUUUUGUUAAUUAUAUUUAAAAUUUUGUUUAAAAAAGGAGAGAAGCUCUUAAAGCUAUUCAGAUUCCAAUUAAUUCCAAGAUUUCCAGCCCCAUCCAAAGGGGCCCCCCUGAAUCUGCUGCUGGAGGUGGCGUGGGGCCGCGCCGAUGGAUUUGCCCUCCCCAGGAGGCAGAUACUCCCAUGGGCAGUUGCUACAGCCCUCCAUGGCGGUCAAAUGUAGCACAGAGUGCCAUGCCAGUGUUCCUGCGCCCCCACCGCUGGCAUGGUGGGGACAGUCCAGAGGCGUGGCUGGGGGAGGAGCCAAUGUUAGUCGGUUUCCACACGGCCAUUAACCUCAACAGUGCCAGCACCCAGGGCUUUCUGGUGGUGUAAAUCCAUCAAGCGCAAUGGGGGCUUUCCAGCAGCGGGGCAGCUUUUUGUGUGUUCUUUGCCUCCCCAUGCUGAGCAGCUGCAGUGCCACGUCCAGGCCCUUUGAAUGGGGCUGCCUGCGAUACAGAGUGCCAGGAAACUUCAUUGCUGCUGUGCUCUUGUGCAAUUCCCAUUCCUUUCUCUGUGGAGCCACCCGAUUUCCCGGAGGCUUCGUUCUCCAACUUUCUGUUUCUGGGCACAGAUUUUGGUGGGGCGGAUGGGGAGGGCUGCUUUCCGUUUCAUUUCCGACGCAGUCCCCGAUUGAUCAAGUGGAACGUAUCCGCGUUUAUCAGCGUUUUGAAACGUUUUCAUAUAUGUCCAAGUACUUGGCAGGACUUUAAAAAAAAAAAGUGAAUUUGAUGUAAAGUUGCUAUUUUAUGGAAACGACUGUAACUUUACAUUUUCAUUCCAUCUGUAGAUUUUUCUAUCUUUAUAAAAUAUUGGAGUUAUUUUUUAAGAGAAAUAAAUAGAGCAGUAGGGUGUGAAUAGCUCGACUGAAGCUUAACAGAGCGCAUGUAAAAAAAAGCAGAAGGUGGAAUUUGUGUCUAUGGUUUAUAUGGCUUCCUUUUUGUAGCCUUUGUACUUGUACAGAGUGACUGUAAGGGCCCCAAAGUGGCUUGAUUCAUGUAUAAAAAUAGACCCAGUGACGCUCUUGUAUUUAUCUGUUACCUUUUUAGUCAGUCACUUAAAACACACACACACACACACACACACACAAGCUGUACAUUUUAACAUAAAAAUAAAUUAUGAUGAGCCAUUUUUA